CUCAGGGCGGCCCAGAGGCUCAGUCUGUCCAGGAGGAGGCGGGGGUCUUCGGACCCCGAGGCCCCGGGGCCCCUGCUCUACACGGGGGGGUUCAGCGGGGCCCUGAAGCUGUCCCCCCCCGCCGUGCCCCCCGGCCUGCUGCGGGCGGGGGCAAAGGUCACCGACAGCCCCGGGAUGGGCAAGGUCAAGGUGAUGGUCCGUCUCUGCUCGGUCCGGGCGAGGGCCCCGGACCCCACGUCCUACCUGAAGGUGGACAUCCGCAAGAAGCAGCUGACCCUGUGUGAGCCGGGGGGCGCUGCGGCCGCCCCUGCUCCAAAGACGUUCGCCUUCGAUGCCGUCUUCUCUCAGGAUGCGUCGCAGGUGAGACUGUGUUCGGGGAGCGUUGCCGAGGUCAUCCAGUCGGUGGUGAACGGCGCCGACGGCUGCAUCUUCUGCUUCGGACACGCAAACCUGGGUAAGACCUACACCCUGAUUGGCCGGGACUGCUCCACCCAGAGCCUGGGCGUGGCCCCCACAGCCAUCUCCUGGCUGUUCAGGCUGAUGGAGGAGCGGAAGGAGAAGGCCGGAGGCAGGUUCUCCGUCUCCGUGUCGGCGGUGGAGAUCGCCGGCCGGGAGGAGACGCUGAGUGACCUCCUGGCUCACUGCUACUCCUCCUCCUCCUCUUCCUCCUCCUCCUCCUCCUCCUCCUCGGAGGGGUGGUCCUCCAGGGAAGACCCCCUCUGCGGCUCCAAGCUCCAGAACCAGCGGGAGCUGCUCUCCUCCUCGGCGGAGCAGGCCGCCUUCUUCCUGGACGCGGCGCUGGCGGUGCGCAGCUCCAGCAGGGGGCGCUGCGACGAGGCCACGCGCAGGAACGCCCACUUCCUGUUCACCCUCACCGUGCACCAGCAGCGGCCGGAGAAGAGCGCCAAGACCGCAGUGACUGCAGGUCGGAGUCGUCUUCACCUCCUGGACCUGGGGAGCUGUGAGAGCUGUGUGGGAGGAGGAGGAGGAGGAGGAGGAGGAGGAGGAACUCAGUGUCUCUCUCUGUCCGCGCUGGGGAAUGUGAUCCUGGCUCUGGUCAACGGGGCCAAACACGUCCCCUACAGGGACAGCAAGCUGACCAUGCUGCUGAGGGAGUCUCUGGGGAACAUCAACUGUCGGACCACCAUGAUCGCCCACGUGUCGGCCCACCGGCGCCACCACCUGGAGACGCUGGGCACCCUGCAGCUGGCCUCACGGCUUCACCGCGUCAGGAAGAACAAGGCCCGGUACGCCUCCAGCUCCUCGGGGGGGGACAGCUCCUGUGAGGAGGAGGGCCCCAGCGGGGGGGGGGCCCUCAGACCCCUGCACCCCCGGUCCCGGACCGUGGCCCUGGACCCGGAGGGCCCCGCGCGGGCCCCCAGCGACCCGGACUACUCCUCCAGCAGCGAGCAGUCCUGCGACACCGUCAUCUACGUGGGGCCCGGCGGGGGGGCCCUCAGCGACCGGGAGCUCAGCGACCACGAGGGCCCCCCCGCCUUCAUCCCCAUCGUCCCCUCCCUGGUGAGGAGGCGGGCCCCGCCCCUCAGGGCCCCGCCCCGCGGGGGCAGCCGGCUCCGCUGCGACACCUUCGCCGAGCUGCAGGAGCGGCUGGACUGCAUCGACGGCAGCGAGGGCCCCCCCGGCCUGGCCCCCGAGGGCCCCCCCGGCCUGGCCCCCGAGGGCCCCCCCGGCCUGGCCCCCGAGGGCCCCCCCGGCCCGGCCCCCGAGGCCCAGGGCCCGGUCGCUGCUAAACCCCCUGACACUGUGCCACCCCCAACAUCGGACCGGCCCCCCGGGGCCCGGGAGGGGGUCUCUUCCCGGGAGGGGGUCUCGUCCAGGGAGGGGGUCUCGUCCAGGGAGGGGGUCUCGUCCCGGGAGGGGGUCUCAUCCCAGGAGGGGGUCUCGUCCAGGGAGGGGGUCUCGUCCCGGGAGGGGGUCUCAUCCCGGGAGGGGGUCUCGUCCCGGGAGGGGGUCUCGUCCCAGGAGGGGGUCUCGUCCCGGGAGGGGGUCUCGGCCCGGUCCGCCCCUCCCGAGGCGGUGGUCCGGGAGAAGCUCUACCUCCGAGCGACGGCCCCGAAGCCCUCCGACUCCCCCUCUCUCCCCAGGGGCCCCCAGGCCACAACGGGGCCCCUGUGGUCCGGGGGGGGGCGGGCGCCCCCUGUGGGGAUGACCCACACGGAGCUCCACCCCGUGGGGGGGUGGGGUCUGGACCGGGACCUCUUCAGGACCACCGUGACCCUGCAGCGCCCCCUGGAGCUGAACGGGGAGGACCAGCUGGUGUUCACCCUGGUGGAGGACCGGCCCCUCGGCCUGGGGGCCCCGGGGCCCCUCGCCCCCCCGGGGGUCCCGGGCCUCACCGGGGGCGGGGCUGGCCGCGGCUCCGUCAGCAUCAUCAGCAGCAUCAGCGACGAGUACGACGCCUACCUCACCCAGCUGGGGGCGGCGGCCUCCGGCCCGCAGCCCGCCGCGGCUCUGUGGCGCCGGGACCACGCCCAGGGCUCCCACAGCUCCCACAGCUCCCAGUACGACAGCGGGAUCGGCUUCUCCGAGCUGGAGGGCGAGCUGGGGACCGCGCCGCGUCGGACCCCCGCCCCCUCGUCCGCGGAACCCCCCCGAGCGGCUCUCAGAGGGACCAGGACCCGAGCCGGUUCCCUCAGCUCCCCCGCCUCCCAGACCCUCCCCCGGCGGCCCAAGCCCCUCCCCGGAGGAGGAGCGCCGGCGGGGGGCCCGGCAGUACGACCUCUGGCCGACCUCGGGCCCCGGGGAGGCGGGGCGGCGGCGGAGCGGCCCGAGCGUCGCCGGGGGGUAACAGCCACAGCGUCCCGCGGCCCCCCAAGAACCACGCCCCCCCCCUCCUCCUCCUCCUCCCCCCAGCAGGGGGACCCCCCGGGGAGGGGGCCCCGCCUCACCCGGGGGGCCACCACCCUGGGGAUGAUGUCGGGGCCCCAGGGGUCCUCGGAGUCCGUCUGGGAGCCGGAGGGGUCUCCCGGGACGGGGGGCCGGUUCUCCUCCCUGGGGAAGCGGUCCGGCGGACACAGGACCGGCCGGGCCCCUAAAGCGGGGUCUGGGAGCCCCCCCCCUGGGGCCCCGGCCCCCUGGCGGUCCACGCUGCCCCGGGCGCCGCUGCCGGAGGCGGAGCCCCGCUCCCGGCUCCGGGACGAGCCCCCCGCACUCAGGAUGACCUCCAGCCUCAAGACGCGCGGCGCCAAGGGGGGCGCCCUGCUGCAUUAUGGGAUGUCCCUGGAGAGGGGCGGGGGUCCGAGCUCCAGAGAGGACCUCGGGGGCCGACCGGCCUCCUCCGUGAGGCUCGGAGCUCCGCCCCCGGUCGCCGCCCCCAGACCGGGCGGGGCCAGGACCUCCGGGGGCGGGUCCGGGGGCGGGUCUGGGGGGUCAAAGAGUCGCUCGCCGUCCUCCAGCGCCUCGAGGACCCUGAGCUCCCAGGACGACGCCCCUCCCCCCGGGAAACCCCCGGGCGCCACGGCGGGGGGGCCGGGGGCGGGGGGGGGGCGGGCGGCCAACAGCCGGGUCAGCGAGCUGGCGGCGGGGAGCGGCAGGAGGCAGGCGGGGGGCGGGGUGGGGGCGGGGGGCGAGGGCGGGGGGAUCCCCUCCCCCUACAGUAAGGUGACGGCGCCGCGCCCCGCCCAGCGCCACAGCAGCGGCGUCGCCAGCGACAACAGCAGCGUGCUGAGCGGCGAGCUGCCCCCCGCCAUGGGCCGCACCGCCCUGUUCUACCACAGCGGCGGCAGCAGCGGCUACGAGAGCAUGCGGCGCGACAGCGAGACGGCGUCCUCCGCCCGCGACUCCAUGAGCGACAACGUCCCACGGAACCGCGGCCGCGUCAACAAGUCCCCGAAGAAGAGGGGCAACGGGGUCCAGCGGCGCCGCCUGAUCCCGGCCCCCCUCCCAGACUCCUCUCUGGGCCGGCGGGCAGAGGGCCAGCGGGACCGGGCCCACCAGCCCUUCGAGAUCACCGUCUACCAGAUAGACCCCCUGGACCCCCUGCAGAGGAGCCGGCAGGAGCAAACGUUCCAGGAUGUGGAGAAGGGCCUGCAGUACUUCAACGCGCGGCUGCGUGUGGCCGAGCGGCGGCAGCAGCAGAUCGCGGCCCUGCGGUCCCGGAGGGAGAGGCUCAGGGCCGAGCUGACGGAGGCCAAGGGCCUGCUGAUGGUGGCCCCCGGGAGGCGGAGCCCCGACUGCGAGCAGCACCUGGACCAGGAGUCCCAGGAGUACCUGGAGGUCCUGCUCCGCUCCACGGACGAGCUGGAGGACGUGGUCAACGUCUGCAAGGCCCGGCUCAUGAUGGAGACAUGCUUCGACGUCUCCACGGCAACAGGAGGCGGCGCCGCCCGGCGAGGACUCUGAUCGGACGAGGAGGAGGAGACGGGACGUGAGACGAGAGACCACCUUCUCAACCGGUCAGGAGGGGUGGAGUUAAAGAGCUGGUUAACGAGACACUCGUUAGCCAGACGUUAACGGCACACUCGUUAACCAGAUAUUAACGAGACACUCGUUAACGAGACACUCGUUAACGAGUGUCUCGUUAACCAACACGUCCUUUGACUCGAGUUCAGAACACGUCUCUGACAAACCUUCAGCAGGAGAUGGAAGCCCCCCCCCCCCCCUGACCUCAUCCUUUAUUUUAACCAAUGGAAGAGCUACACACAGGCUGCCUGUCUGGGGGUUAUACUUUGAGGACCCAGAGAGGGUCUGGACCCGGGUUCUGUCAACACGGACCCUAGGAUCACUGAACCCGGGUUCUGUCAACACGGACCCUAGGAUCACUGAACCCGGGUUCUGUCAACACGGACCCUAGGAUCACUGAACCCGGGUUCUGUCAACACGGACCCUAGGAUCACUGAACCCGGGUUCUGUCAACACGGACCCUAGGAUCACUGGACCCGGGUUCUGUCAACACGGACCCUAGGAUCACUGAACCCGGGUUCUGUCAACACGGACCCUAGGAUCACUGAACCGGGUUCUGUCAACACGGACCCUAGGAUCACUGGACCCGGGUUCUGUCAACACGGACCCUAGGAUCACUGAACCCGGGUUCUGUCAACACGGACCCUAGGAUCACUGGACCCGGGUUCUGUCAACACAGGACCCUAGGAUCACUGAACCCGGGUUCUGUCAACACGGACCCUAGGAUCACUGAACCCGGGUUCUGUCAACAC